AUGACCGAUUCAGACGACCCUAAUAACAAAGAACACCAGCAGAUAAAGGCUGAAAUCAAACUUGGUAAUGGUCUUCCUGAUAUUAGACUGACUCACCAGUGUCUCGACGCUCUUAAAAAGACUGGUUUUGAAGUGAUAGUUCUAGAGAAACUUGGAGUUGCCCCUAAAAGAAGUCAAAGAGUUCAAGCUUUCUUAGACACUGCAGAAGGACUUGUUGCUGGAGCAAAGAAAGAGAUUUUCACGUCAAUGUAUUUCUACGAAGAUGCGCUCUCUCCUACACGGCGCCGUGGCGUCCUACCAGCCUGA